AUGGCCCUCUGCUGCUGCCCACCUUGCUGUGAGCCAUGCUGCUGCAAGACCACCUGCUGCAGAACCACCUGCUGCCAGCCAUGUUGCUGUGAAUCCAGCUGCCCUGAGUCCAUCUGCUGUCAGCCUUGCUGUCCUCCAUGUUGCUGCAGCAUACCAUGCUGCCAGCCCUGCUGCUGUGUGCCCAUCUGUUGCCAGCCCUGCUGCUGUGUGCCCACCUGCUGUGAAAACACCUGCUGCAAGACCACCUGUUGCAAGCCAACCUGUGCAACCAUCUGCUGCGGCACACCUUGCUGCGAACCCUGUUGCUACCAGCCUUGCUGCUUCCAGCCCUGCUGCUGUGUGCCCACCUGCUGCCAGCCCUGCCGCUGUGUGCCCACCUGCUGCCAGCCCUGCCGCUGUGUGCCCACCUGCUGCCAGCCCUGCCGCUGUGUGCCCACCUGCUGCCAGCCCUGCCGCUGUGUGCCCACCUGUUGCCAGCCCUGCUGCUGUGUGCCCACCUGCUGCAAGGCCACCUGUUGCAAGCCAACCUGUGUGACCAUCAGCUGCAGCACACCCUGCUGCCAACCCUGCUACUGCUGA